ACAACUCCUCAACUCUCAGCUUCUCUACUACCAACUCUGAUUUUUCCUCUCGCUCAGCUCUACAUAAUAUCGUUACAUGUGUGUGCGUGUGUGUGCAUAGUGCAGUAGCUGCAGCAGCACACAAAUUAUGCAUGCCGCUGCGCCUUAUUAUUAUUAUUAUAUAUAUUGGCGCGCUUUAAUCACGAUGCGGUCAGUGUCAGUCGCGCAUUAACUAAUCGAUUCGCGCGCGCCAUUAUAGAGUAUUAUAAACGAGUCCUCAAAAUAAUGUCAAGUUUGAAAAGUCAAGUUUAACCGCGAGCAUAUAGACAACGCAUCACGCGCGCCGCGUUACGUUUUUCUCUUCGUUUUUCUUGUUCUUCUUCUUCACUUUUCGAGCUUCGUUGUUAUAUUUUGUGGGAAAAUAUACAUCGUGUGUCUAUGUGCGUAAGUGUAUAAGAGAAGCUGAGUUACGAGAACAAAAAAAAAACUGCGAAGAGAUUUCCUUGCUUCUCUUUUUUAUUGGAUACAGCAUUUUUCGAAUGCUCGUCGUUGGCGUACGACUGCACCAGUGAAUAAAGAGCCCCGGCCUUUGCCAACACAAUGAGGGAAGACUCGAGCGAGCGUCUGACGAUCGGCAAUUCGGUGAAAGUAGUAGCAGCGGCCAAUAACAAUAAUGGCUCGCCGCAGCAUCAGCAGCAAUUAAACACUGCUAUCGACAAUUCGUCAACGGAACAACAACACAACAACGGCUGCAACGGCCAACAACAGCAACAAGAUGAAGCCAAGAAAGAGGAUAACCCGGAAAUCAUCAUCAAGGUUUACAAGAGGAGGUGGCUCAUGCUGUCGCUCUACAUCUUCUACGCCGCCAUCGUCGCCGGCCAAUGGAUCGAGUACUCGAUCAUAUCCAACAUUGUACAGAGAUACUACGAUGUGGGAGGUUUCGCCGUCGACUGUACCUCGAUGAUAUUCAUGCUGUUUUACGAGAUAUUCAUAUUUCCGGUGACUUUUCUCUCGGAGCGCAUCGGCCUGAGAUGGUCGCUCGUCGCGGGCAGCGCUCUCUGCUGUCUCGGCUCCUGGAUCAAGAUAUUCUCGGUGACGCGCGACGGCUUCUACAUGACCCUCUUCGGCCAGUCCAUCAUCGCCGUGUCGUUGGUAAUAAUGUUGAUAUUACCGGGGCGAGUCGCGGCCAAAUGGUUCGCCAGCGACGAGCUCGCGACGGCGACGUCGCUGGGCAUCUUCGGACCUCAGCUGGGGGUGUCGCUGUCGUUUCUCCUGCCGCCGAUCAUCGUGAAGAAUCACGUGGAGGUCGACGACAUCGGCCCGGAUCUCGCCUACAUGUUCUGGUGGAUAGCCGGAGCGUCCACGGUCAGUUUGGUUCUCAUGUCCAUGUUUUUCGAGGAAGAGCCGAAGCUGCCUCCCAACGCCACCAUAGCCAUUCAAAAAUCUAGUCAGAGCCAAAAUAAGGAGGGAUUUAUGAAACCCAUGAAAAGACUGUUCACCAAUAAGAGUUUUCUCAUUCUUUGCAAUUCUUACGGCAUCAACGUCGGCAUCUUCAAUGCCCUGAGUACUCUGCUCAAUCCGUUGUUUCUCAUGCACUUCAAGAACGGAGAAGAAGACGCCGGAAGGAUCGGAUUGAUGAUCGUCCUCACGGGCAUGUUUGGAUCUGUGACUUUUGGCGUAAUACUCGAUAGAACGCAUAAAUUCAAAGAAACUACGGUAGCCGUCUACUUUUUGACGCUGUGCGGACAGAUAUUUUUCGCCGUCGCCAUGUUUCUAGAAAUCAAGUGGAUGGUUUACACAUCCUCGAUAUUCCUUGGCUUCUUCAUGUCGGGCUACCUGGCCCUGGGUUACGAGCUUGCAGCCGAGUACACCUACCCCGAAUCCGAGGCCCACUCGGCCGGCAUGCUCAACAUCGCCAACAACAUCUACGGCAUCGUUCUCAUUCUCAUUCUCGAGAUAGUGCUCGAGCACUACAGCGACGUGCCGGUCCACGUGAUAUUCUGCUCGGCGCUCUUCGUCGGUCUGAUCAUGACCCUCGUGACCAAGGACGAGCAGAGGCGUCAGGACGCGCGAAAAUCCGCCAACGUCUAUCAGGGUCUUCCGAUUGAAGAUAGUCCUCAGGUCGUGGGGGUGGAUAACGCGAGGCUACAGCGGCAGCAGUCACGGGAGGACAGCAAAGUCUGACAAUAUAUGAAAAAGCCAAGAUUAAUUUACAUCAAAAAUCGGAGAAUUUCCAUGAGCGUAAUCUCAACUGGGGGAUUUUUACAUAUUGCCUUAUCUAUAGGUCGAUUAUAAUACUUAUAAUACUCCACGAACUUCAAAAACGAAUCAAUUGAUAUCGAUAGCGGGCCUAAUAUUCUAUACGUAAAUAUGUUUUUUCAAUUGUACCAACAAGUAAGACUAUAGUUUUUAAACGUGAGAGGCUGUUUGGUUGCAUGGAUCGAACAAUAAUUAUAUCGUUAAUGGUGAACUGUUUACAACGAAACAUAAAAUAUUAUGUAGAAAAUUGUUGAGGUUUUUUUUAGAAUACUUUUUUUGACUUUUUUCGAAGUAAAAGCGACAAUACUUUUGUAUAGCGGAGAAUAUAAUGAGAAUUUUUGAAUGACGUUGGAUUGCAUCGAAUGUGCACGAUGUACGAGUGAAAUUAUACAUUUGUACAUAUAGACAAUCUUUAUCUAGUGAAUGUUAACUUGUAGAUUUUACGACGUAACGUGACAUUAAUGUAGAGCGUAACAAUUUUUUAGUAGAAGUGUAUAUCAAAAUUUGUGAUUCGAUCGAGUGCCUUGAUGCUGAAAACUGAAUAAGUAACCGAGUAUAUAGAAUAGGGAGAAAAAUUGAAUCUAUAUAACUCGUGUGCUUAGAUCGCCUAAAUGUAUGUGUGUGUGUGUGUGUGUGUGUGUGUGUGUGUGUGUGUGUGUGUGUGUGUGUGUGAGUGUGUAUAGCUGUAAAGUAGAAAAGAGUAAAAGGGACAUUGCAUCAACGGGAAGUCGUACAAAAGUAGGCCUCGGCCUUGGGGCUCUAUGUAUGACGGCUUCGUUAUGCUGCUGCUACACGUAUAUAUCUACACCAAUGUACAAUUUCUCACUCUCUUAUUUCACCCGAUAGAUACGUGUAUAAUACGACUCAACUCUCUGUCUCUCUCUUUCUCUGCGCUCGAUGCAACUUUCAUCCGCUUAAGAGCAAAAAAAAAGAAAAAAAACGAACAUAAAUCCAAUGGCGAUCCAUCCGAAAUCGCCUGUUAAGACGCGCGCUGAUUUUGUCUAUGUGCAUUAAAUGAGUUGUGAGUAUGUGUGUGUAUGUGUAUGAGUUAAGUGUGAAGGUAAAAUCGCCGUAUGUGACUGAGAAGCAAUCGAUCGAGCUUUAACAAUUUUUUUUUGUUCGUUCAUUGAUGAAGUCAAUUUGAAUGUGUGCAUUAAAUAUAGUUAUAGUUUAAGAGUGAAAAUUUUAUUCCUUCGAAAUUUCAUUCACACAAAAAAAAAUUAUAUUAUUGUUAACAUUGCGCAAAGUAUCGAUUACUAAUGUAAAUCAUACGAAUUAUGUUUAGCUAUUAUUAAUUAAAGUAUAACAAUUUUUCAAUGAAGCAUUAAUCAAUACUACAUAAGAAUUCACAAAAAAUCUUCGAUAAAUAAGCCUUUUUUUGUAUAGCAAUAAAGUCAAU